GAAAAGAGAAGAAAUCCUAAGAGAAGAAAGACCCUAGCAAGGCUAGCGUGGUCCUCUCUGCCUCCCCAAUCAUCUUCUGGGGUCUAAGAGAGAAAUACAUUUUAAGUGAUUAUUUCUGAUGAUGUGGAGAUUACUACAGUUUAAGUCUACAGGACUCUAGUUGCAUCUGCAGUUGGUACAUCUAUCGACGGAUUUCUUAAAAAAAUAUCGAAAUGGCGUCCCUAACAGGUGCUGCGAUGGGUCGAAGUAUACCAGUUGAACAUGAUGAAACUGGAGAUUGGUCGCCACUUCCAGAGCAUUCACUGGCUUUGGACCCUUAUGGUGAAAAUAUAGAGAACUUGGUGCCCAUAGGAUCUUAUCCACCUCAAAUGACUUCUCAUUCAUUGACUAGGCAAUCAUGUUUCUGCAAGCACCUUAAUCGUGUGGAUUAUAAUAUUGCUGAUCUGGAAGCGUCUGACUACAAUCACCUGCAACGAUGCCAGGAUUCUAGAAGGGAGAUACCUCCUGGUCCAUUCACAGAAUCAACAGCUUCAUCAGAACUUCAUAUUUUAUCUUUGGACAAAAGGAACCAGCUGCUGAGGUCUAGGCCUUCAGCUGAUUCUCCUGACACUGGACACAAUUCUAGUGGUCUGCAACAAAGCUCAUCUGACAUUUCCCAAAAUUCAUCUGGUGAAAGUCAGGAGAAUGCAAAUCUAAACCAAACUCAAUGUAAUAGACCACCAGUAGACCUACGAACAGAAGAUGCAGGAUAUGAUUCUCAGCCUCUGGAUCUUAUGGGCAUCAGGCAGCUAGAACCUCCAUUGCCACUUACUUCCGUGUUUAACCUCCAAGACCUUCCAAGGCCUCUGAUGUCCAGAGAGUUACCACAGAUGGACCCUCAGCCAUAUCCUGUAUUCGCACAACUGGCCCAUCCUUCCCCACAAUCUCAGUGGCAUCCUAGAUACUACAUUCCUGGGGAUUUACAUUGCCAGAAUCCAUAUGGGCAAACACGCUACCAACACUUCGCACAUCCGCCUCAACCACGGCUUCCUGUUCCUGGCCCUUGUGUAAGAGCCAUCCAUCCUGGCCGGCAAAUAAUCCCAAAUUAUUCCAGUCCUCCUUCUCCUAAAUGCAAUGAAGAAAGGCUCCCUGAGAGAGAGAGCUCUUCUGGAGAAUUUCAAAGAUUGUAUGGCCAGUUUCAGAACCAACUACUGCAUGGUGGAGCAUCAUCCAAGGCUUAUGGCGCUCAUGAGGACUUCUACAGGUGCCCUCCUGAUUCCAUGGCUCAGCCUAAUGGCCCACCAUGCCCAGCUGCCAUCCCAAGGCCUCCAAGUAAUUUUGCAGUCAGGGGAACACUGAGGACAAGUAAUUUGCCAGAAGAGCUGCGUAAAGUCUUCAUAACCUACUCUGUGGACACAGCUGAGGAGGUCAUGAAAUUUGUGAACUUUUUGUUUGUAAAUGGAUUUCAGACAGCUAUUGAUAUAUUUGAGGACACAGUUCGAGGUAUUGACAUUAUCAAGUGGAUGGAACGCUACCUGAGUGAUAAGACAGUGAUGAUAAUCAUAGCAAUCAGUCCAAAAUACAAACAGGAUGUUGAAGGGGCUGAAUCCCAGCUGGACAAGGAUGAGCAUGGCUUACAUACUAAAUAUAUCCACAGGAUGAUGCAAAUUGAGUUUAUACAACAAGGAAGCAUGAACUUUAGAUUCAUUCCUGUGCUUUUCCCAAAUGCAAAAAAGGAGCAUGUGCCUACCUGGCUUCAGAACACUCACAUCUACAAUUGGCCCCAAAAUAAAAAGAACAUUCUGUUGCGGUUGCUGAGAGAAGAGGAAUAUGUUGCUCCUCCGAUAGGACCUUUGCCCACUCUCCAGGUUGUGCCUUUAUGAAUGUCCAUUAAAGUGCAUAUGAAGC